GGAAUCAGACCGACACCCUGCUGCUUCAAACCGCUUCUCUCUGCUCUGGAACAGAAAUAAAAACCUCGUACAUUCUCGCCCAGCUUCAGUGCAUCGCUCAGUGCAUGUCUGCAGGCUUGUAACCCCCCUCUCAGCCGAGGACCCGACACAGGACCUGGCUUUCUCCAAACUGGAUUCCCGGAGCUCCUCACCAUGCCUGCCCGGGUUUAGAUUCUCCAUGGAGCUCUCUAACCUGUACGAGGUCGCCCCCCGGCCCCUGAUGAGCAGCCUGAACCACGGCCAGCAGCCCUCCUCCGGCUACAGAGACCCGGGAGACCUCGGCGGUGAGAUCGGAGACAACGAAACCUCCAUCGACCUGAGCGCCUACAUCGACCCGUCGGCUUUCAACGACGACUUCUUGGCCGACCUGUUCCACCACAGCUCCCGGCAGGACAAGCUCAAGAUCAUGAACGGAGAGUACGAGUCGUUGCCGUGCGGCCCGGGGCCCCAGCAGCUCUACAUGUCCAACUACAUGGAGUCCAAGCUGGAGCCGCUCUACGAGCACAACCCGCCGCGCAUCCGACCGGUCGCCAUCAAGCAGGAGCCCCGGGACGACGAGGACCUGAACCCGGGCAUGCCCCCCACCUACCACCACCCACACCCGCAUUCCCAGCAGUACUCCCAGCAUUCCCAGCAUUCCCAGCAGCAGCAGCAGCAGCAGCAGCAGCAGCAGCAGCUGCAGAUGCCGCACCUCCAGUACCAGAUCGCGCACUGCGCGCAGACCACUAUGCACCUCCAGCCGGGCCACCCAACUCCUCCGCCGACCCCGGUGCCCAGCCCGCACCAGAACCACCACCAACACCCGCACCAGCACCCGCAGCAGGGCGGCCUGAAGCUGCUGGAGCAGCAGCGGGGAGGCGGGAAACCCAAGAAGCACGUAGACAAGAGCAGCCCGGAGUACCGGCUGCGGCGCGAGCGCAACAACGUGGCCGUGCGCAAGAGCAGGGACAAGGCCAAGAUGCGCAACAUGGAGACGCAGCAGAAGGUGGUGGAGCUGACCACCGACAACGAGAGACUGAGGCGGAGAGUGGAGCACCUGACCCGGGAGCUGGACACGUUACGGGGCAUCUUCAGACAGCUGCCGGACGGAUCCUUCAAACCCAUGGGCAGCUGAGAGACUACUGAGCCGGACUGGAGCCAGACUGGAGCCAGACUGGAGGCGGACUGGUACACUGCUGGAUUUACACACACACAUGGCUCUACAACUCUUCAUGUGUAGGACGGACUGAGAGCUGUGAGGAGACAGAGGCAGCUGAGGUGUUCGCUGCAAAGAUAAAUGUCAAAACGAAUCAUUUGGUCUUUUACUGACUCCAAAAGCCAGCGGGACCCCCCCCCCCCAGUUUCCAGUAUUCAGCCUUCAACCCUUUGGUUUUAAAAUAAAAAAUAACUCCGCAGCCAGUUUGGUGAGAUAAUGUAACCUGUUCUUUAGUGUCAGGGAUUCUCUGGAAACAAAUGUCAGAUGAUAAAACAGGAGAGAAAAUGAGGCCCGAUUCGAGGCAAUCCCUGUGUUAAAGUUCUGUUUUUAUUGGAUGCAGGUGAAUCAUCUCACCAUCAUCUCAUUGGCUGAUCAUUGUCACUAGUUCUGAGAAAGUAAGACCCGUGUUCACUCAGCAAAAGACUCAAUGACUGGUUCCGACUGCAUCUUUUGCAGCGUUCAUGUGCCUUUUUAAACUUUUGUGCAAAAGCCAAUAAGCUCGUUCCCCCUGCAGAUCCACACAACAGAGGACUGGUUGUUUUUGUGCCUUAUUUCCGUACAGACUGUGUGCCAUGACACACUCAACUCACAUAUCAGAGCAGCUAAGGUAGGGCAUGGUGGUGAUGAGCCCAAAUCAGCCUGUUGUGCAUGUUUUUCCUUAAUUAUUUUUGUCUGUUUUAUACAAGUUACCAUCUCCAUAUCCUUUCCUGAUAAACUAGAAUUUGUCUUAAUAGAGUUAUGAAAUGCAAAGUGCACACUGCUUUUAUAUAGGCUAAAGUGUAUGUGUAUGUGCGUGUGUGUGUGUGUGUGUGUGUGUGCGUGCGUGCGUGCGUGCGCGUGUGUAUGUUUAUGUGACUUCUGCAGAGACAAUAAUGCAUGGAUUCUUGCUCAGUUUUACUUGUUUCUCCACACGAGUGAGGUGCAGGGCCGCCGGACCGCUCCGGGACGAGAUCUGUCCGACGGUGUGGACAGUGUCACGAUAACAGGCACAGCAGCAUCUGAACACCAGCGAUCAGAUGAUAGGAAGUUCAACUGAUUUUCAUGUUUUACGAGACAGAAAAAUCCUUAAACGUUCAAAGAAAGUCAAGUCUUUCAGCUGCAGAUUUGGGUCAAUCGUAGCUUUUUAUUCACUGAGACAUGAGAACUGUGAACCACGACAAUAUCUCCAUACCGCUCCUGUCAGGUGAAAACCUUGUAUAUCCACUUUUAGGGUUGAUUUCGUGCUUUCGGACCAGCCGGAGUGAAGGUGCUUUGAACCUUGUAGCCUUUUGCACCGUGACACAAAAAAAAUGCUUCAUCUUCCCGCUCAAAAACAAGGUGGGUCUUCUCUCUUACUUCCCUAAAAGCUGAUACUGUGGAGAUACAAGUUUUUCAUCGGUACGGAUGAUAAUAAUUGAGUUAUUGCCCAGCCCUGAGUAUGGUGGUUUAAUGCCAAAGUGAAAAAUGCAAACACACACAGAAACACAGAAACAAAGACUGGAAUUGAAACUGUGGUACCUGCUUCCAUGUGCCACCGUCCGGUUGAAACCACGUUUCUCCAAACCUGCUGCAGCGCGUUUGUUUAACGCUGACGGUGCAUUUUUUAAAAGUUUAGAAAAAUGUUUCACGAGGCUAAAACGAGGAGAAAUUUUCUGUCCGUUUCUCCAGAGUAAGCUGUGCGUACAAGGAGAUGUGUGGUUUUCAGAGGACGGUGACAGUGAGGCAGCUCUGUCGAAUGCACUAUUUGUUGUCAAAUGAAGCACAGUGUUGUCUUUGACACAUGCAUGGGUACUGAUCUGAAAAGAAAAAAAGAAAAACACGCCUCGCUCUACAUACGUGUAUUUAUGUGUCCUUGGUUUUGAGAAAAAACAAACAAAAACAAAAUGUGAAAAGGGUUUCUAUGCAACGUGUCUCUUCCUCUUUUCCACUGUUGUAUCAUCACACACACACACACACACACACACACACACACACACACACACACACACACACACACACAGAGUGCCUUCUGAUCCUCUGAGAUGACCUUUAACCUCUUGCUGAUCUGCUCGUGGCUCUGUUGAAAGAUUUUUAAAAAUCGUGUCAGCGAGGAAAAAGGAAGCACUUUUGUUUUUGUUUUUUUUACAAACUGAUGUUAAACCGAUGUUUGUUGCAAAGUUAAGGUCUCAAUUGUAAAAUAAGCCUAUAUAUAAAUAUAUAUAUAGAUAUACAUAGAUAUUUAUAUAUCUAUAUAUAUCUAUAUAUACAAAUAAAUAUAUAUAUAAAAUACCAAAAAAUCUGAAUUAUUAUAAUAAAAGAGCUCGUUUUAUCACAUUCUGUCGUUGCUUUGUUGUGUUUUUUGCUUCCAGAAUCAGGAUUUCUUCCCUGUUUGAAAAUUUGAUUCGUCAGAAGCCAGAAUUCCUUUUGUUUUUUCACUGACAACAACAGGCAUCUGUAAAUUUAUUGUAUUUUUUUAUGACUUCAGGCAGAUGUCUCACAGCCAAUAGGGGGCGCCCACGGGACUGUCAGUCAAAACUAAAAGUCCUCUAGCUUCAGUCGUUUCAGUCUGUGGAUCUGGACCUUCUCACCUCAGGUCACUGAUGUUAGAAGUCUAAGUUAUAGAUGAAGAGUCAGCUCAGAAUAAUCAGCUUGUCACAGUUUUCCCUGACGUAAACAAACCUGGUAACACACACCGAGUUGAAACGUGGGUCCAGACCUAACCCCCGACCCGUCAGAGGUUUUAGCAGCAGUACACAGGCAGUAACCUGUUUGCGCUUCUUCCUCUUACCCCCCCUUCUGCCCGUUCCGGGCUCGGACCGUCGCCCCAACUGAUGGAUGACCCACUCCACCAGGUCUCAGACUGACUCAGGGAGUACAGUUAAAUCUGCGUUGCCGUCACCCUGGUCUCGCGAGCCUCCUGUCUGCCGGACCGGCUGUAGUGAAUUUAAUCCACUACGCGGUUUGUGUGUUUGUCCGACAGGAGGAUGAGAAACAGAACUGACAACAGGACGUUACGGUUCAGACAUCAGACAGCCGAGUCACACGCGACAACAUCUCCGACAAUCAGAGCUCAAGGGCAACAAAAGGCAUCACAACCAUGUGCUGAGCGGCCGGCGUCUGGGAGCAGAGGUGGUCCUGCCGCCGUCAGGACGGACCCCGUACCCUCAGCCCUCAUUUUCACCAUCACUGGCCUUUCCUCACCGAGCAGAGUCAUACUGUGCUGUUGCUACUGCAGACAGUGAGAAACACCAAACACCCAAACCAAUAUUGUCCGCAGAGAGAAGAGAAGUGGAAGCUCGGACAGCUUGGAGCUUCCACAUGAAGUAUCACGGCUGCUAUCCUCUCCUGUAAAUGACAGUUUUGUAUGAGUUACUGUCUCCAGAUAUUUAUACUCAUGUACAACGUGAAUUGAGUCAACAGUGACAGAUAUCUGCCUCCACUGGUGCUUAAACAGACAUUUAACUCUAAAAAGGCCCAGGAGAGAGCAGAGAGACGUGAAGCCAACUUUAUUUGUUCAUUACGUAACCGUAGUGUAUCUGUGUGUGUGCGCUAGUAUGUUUUCUGUUUGUCUCUUCUGUUUUCUCUGUCCAUCUGCAUGAAGUACAUUCAUAUGUAUUUACCCAAUAAAAUCAGUAU